AUGCUUUUACCACAAAUGUCAAAGUCAGGUAUUGUAACUGAAAAAGAAUAUCAAUUUUUAUGCAGUUCUUCAAGUUUGUCUUUGACAGAUGGUGCCAAUGUGCAAGUUCGAGUGCCGAAUUUGUCUUUGACAGAUGGUGCCAAUGUGCAAGUUCGAGUGCCGAAUGUGAUCGCUCUCGUUGGUUUACCAGCUCGGGGUAAAACCUACAUCUCACACAAAUUAUGUCGUUAUCUCAAUUGGAUUGGAAUUAAGACCAGAGAAAAGCAUGCGAUCUUGAAAAAGAAGGUGUCGAGUUCUUCAGCCCUUACAACCCAAAAGGAAAUAGAAUUAGGGAGUGAGUUUUUCGAAAAGCACCCAUUUGCAACAUCUUUUUGGCAGGGUUUGUUUUUAGAGAAUAUUCUGGACGCAACGAAUACAACUCGGGCGCGACGGCGGAUGCUAGCUGAAUUCUGUUGCAACAGACGCACCCUUGUCGACCCUCCAUUCCGAGUUUUCUUCGUUGAAAGCAUAUGUGACGAUCCUCGUAUUAUCAAUUCCAAUAUUACUGUAUGCGUUAGCCACCUAUGUGUAAACUCAGAAGUCAAAAUUAAUUCACCCGACUAUAAGGGAAUAAUGUCCCAUGAAGAGGCGAAGGAAGACUUUUUGAAACGAAUAGAGAAUUAUAAACUACAGUAUGAACCACUGGACGAGGAGGAAGAUGAGGAUCUUUCCUUCAUUAAGGUUAUCAACGCUGGACAAUCGUUCUACGUCCAUAACGUUAAUGGACAUGUGCAAAGUCGUGUAGUUUACUUUCUGAUGAACAUUCACCUGUUGCCUCGAUGUAUUUAUUUGACAAGGGUGGGGAAUAUUGAAUUGAAAGCAAUUCACGAAUGA